CAUUACUCACUUUCUCUUGUUCAUAUUAAAAUAUUUAUAUAUGAAAAAAUUCGAUAAUUCUAAUAAACAGGCUGAAGGACAAAGUAAUAGUUGCCAAUCUAAUGCAUAUAAUUUUAAAAAUGAUGAAUAUUUAAUGCUUAAUACUGAAUUUAAGAGCACAAAAACAAACAAACAAACAAACAAAUAAAUAAACAAUUUAUUUAUGAAAUAAUACUGAAAUGAAAUGAAUUCAUUACUAUUGUAUUGUUGUUGUUGUGGUCUUUGGAUCUAUUAUACGCAUACAUGGUAUAUAGUUGAAUUCACCAAUGAUCAUUUGAAUAAGUAAUAAUGUAAUAAAAUUAAUGAAUGAAAUGGCGUAAUGUAAUACUCUCUCUCUCUCUGUAUUUAUAUAUAUAUAUAUUUCGACCGAAAUGUACACCAUUCAUUUCAAUUUCAACACAAUCACUCUAUAGACCAAGGUAUGGCUAAUGUAAACUGAAUAUAUUCAAAAAACGAUUGUUGAUAAUUUGUUACAUCACUAAUUUACAUUGGAUAUUUUCAUUGAGAUAUAUGAAUUGAUCGUGAAUAGUAUUGCACAUUUCUGAUUAUCAAUCCUUAUAACUGACGUCCAAUCACUUCUGUAAUAAACAUCAUGCGUGAAAGUUUUGAUAAAGUUGUACGAAAUGAUAAAUAUACAUUGACAGUCAAAUUGUUGUACAGUGUUUCAAUUAUUCUGUUGAUCAUAUGGUUGAUCAACAUUUUACCAAGUCUCUUUCAAUGGAGAAUCAAUCAAGUCGAUCAUGAUGUAAUACCUAAAACAAUAGAAUUUUCGUGCAAUAAUAUAUCUGUUCCAAACGGAUCAGAAUCAGAUCUUGCUAGUAUAUUGCACAAAAUAUAUUCCCCUAUCAGUAAAACGUCCGUUCAAAAAUACCCACUGAGAUAUAGUCUGGAACAAAAUAGACUUGAGAAAUUAUAUGAUUCAUUGGGUGUGAAUAAGACGGUGAAGACGUUUCUCAACUAUGGACAUCGUACAAUUUUUAGACCAAUGAACUUUUCAAAAUGUCAUGCUUCGAAAUGUGCAGUUAUCACUGACAUGAACAGAUGGCAAGAAGCUGAUGCACUUAUACUUACAGAAGAUAAAGUGCCAAAUGGAAUUCGACCUCCAGAGCAAUUAUGGUUUAGCUUAAUAGAAGAGUCGCCUGUACAUAUUGCUAUGGCAGGUACAUUGGAAAAUGAAAUUAAUCACACUAUCUCCUUCCGUCUGGAUUCAACGAUUUAUUCACCGUACGGUUCCUAUGAGCCAUACAUGAAGCACCAUGGACCAGAAACACGAUAUCCUUUACCUUCCAGAAACUUUGCUACUGGAAAAUCAAAAAAAGUUGCAUGGUUUGUGAGUAACUGUAUACCGAAAAGUCCAAGAAUGCAAUACGCCAAAGAACUUUCACGACAUAUCCCGCUUGAUAUUUAUGGUCAAUGUGGCACGUUAUCGUGUCCAAAGUAUAAUCCAACUUUUACCUCAUCAGAGAGCUGCUUGAAAAUGAUUCGUGAAAAUUAUAAGUUUUAUUUGAGCUUCGAAAAUAGUUUGUGCAGUGAGUACAUAACAGAGAAGUUGUAUAAAAAUGCAUUGAAAAACGAUAUACUUCCAAUUGUGAUGGGUGCAUCGAUAGAGGAAUAUGAAAGAGUCGCUCCUCCAUACUCGUUCAUUCACGUUGAUCAAUUCGAAUCACCGGCUAAACUGGCAGACUAUUUGAAGUAUUUGGACAAGAACGAUACUGCAUAUAAUGAAUAUUUUGCAUGGCAUGGUCAUGGAAUCAUACAUGAUUACGAUGCCCAACCUCAAUGUGCAAUGUGUCUGCUAGCUCAUACAUCUCAUUCAUUUGGUCCAUAUUGGGUUCCGAGUGUGGCACGAUGGUGGAAUGAUGGAUGUAAUGGUCGGAAAUUGCGUUGGAAUCCAUGAAACAUGAAUAUUGAGAACAGAAACAUUGUUUUAUUGUAGAUUUUAUUAAAUUGUAAUGUAC